UUGUCCUUGACGAAUAACGACCUUGACGUUUUGUUCACACAGAUUAGAGAAGUCUUGUACUUGUUCUGAUCUGAUGGUAUUUAAAUAAAUGAGUGCGUCGCUGUCGAUUUUAAGUAGAUUUUUGCAAAGUUAUAAGUAUAGAGGCACAUUUAACAGUAGCGGAAAAUAUCGUAAAUCAUUUUUUCAGUGUUCUUCAAGAAUGUCCAGCUUAAAAAAUAAAGAUUUGGACUUAUUUUAUGACACAGUGAUGAGUUUGGUAAAAACUGCUGGAGAGUUAAUUAAUGAAAAAAUUUCAUCUCGAAGCAAACUGAUAGAAGUUAAAUCAAGUGAAAUUGAUUUAGUAACUGAAACUGAUCAACAAGUGGAGAAAUUACUGAUUGAUGGACUUUCGAAUCAUUUCCCCGAACAUAAAUUCAUUGGAGAAGAGUCAGUAUCUGGUGGAAGCCAAUCUGUUUUAACAGAUGCCCCUACUUGGAUCAUAGAUCCAAUUGACGGCACAAUGAAUUUUGUACAUUCCUUUCCUCACUCCUGUGUUUCCAUAGCUCUUUUUAUCAAUCAGAAACCCGAGAUUGGCAUAGUUUAUAAUCCGAUGUUAAACCAGAUGUUCACAGCUAGAAAAGGGAAGGGUGCAUUUUUAAAUGGCAAAAGUAUUAAAGUGUCUGGAAAAACAAGUCUUUCCGAUGCAUUAAUUAUGAUGGAGUUUGGUACGAGUCGAGAUCCGGAGAAAGGCAGAGUGGUUCUUGAAAAUCAGAAGAUUCUGAUGCCUCAAGUUCAUGGGCUACGUGCUCUAGGAUCCGCUGCCUUAGAUAUGGCAAUGGUUGCUUGUGGAGCUGCAGACGUUUAUUUUGAAUACGGUAUACACAUUUGGGACAUAGCUGCUGGUGAGUUACUGGUGACGGAGGCAGGUGGGUUCAUUAUGGACCCAGCAGGUGGAGAAAUCGACAGGCUUUCCCGAAGAGUUUUAGUGGCAAGUUCACGAGAACUAGCAGAAAAGCUGUCUCAAACUUUAGUGCAAUUUUAUCCAACUCCAAGAGAUUAAUUUUAACAAAAAAAAAUAUUUACUAGUCAUACAACAUAUUAUGUACUUUAGAGUUUAGGAAAGUACAGAUGUUUACUUGUAACAAAUAAAUGUUUGAUUCAAAUGUUUGAUCAGGGUUAAGAAUUAAAUCAGGGAUGUAACACUUAUAUUCAGAUGUUAAAAAGUACUGCCAUCAUUCUCCAGAUAGGAUAGUUGUAUAAUGAACUUUGUACAGGGUGUCUUAGAAAUAACGGUCAAAAUUUUAACCAAGGCAACUUUUGCCCGGUCAAUUUUUUUGAACAUUCACGCUUGUUUGAGGUUUUGUCCCCAUUAAAUUGUCGCUGAGCUGAAUAUGAAUUAAAGAAAUAUUAAAGUAACGUACGCAAAGGUUCUAUAGAAUGGUUUACUCUUAAAGUUUGGUGUUAGCAUAAAUUACAGUACUAUUUCCCAUCGUUUGUUUUUGUUUUGUACUAAACGAUUUGACUUGUGCUCCAGUGGUAGAUUGCAGAAAUUUAAAAUUGUUUGUUAUUUUGGUAAGUUAAAUGCAUGAUAAAAUUUUGGCAUUUAUAUCUGGGGCACUGCAGAAAAGUAUGUUUAUAUAUUUUAAGUUGUUCUGUUUAUUCUUUAAAUUGCAUAUAGUAAAUUAAAACUGCCAUA